AUGACGUCCUCGAAGUACUGUUUGAAAACUCGCAAUAGAAUGAAACUUCCAAACGCUAAGAAGUUGGAUAACGAACAGGACCAUGAUCUGUUUUUGUCAAAGUUUACUUCAGCACUUUGUGGCGACAGUUUCAACAGACUCCCGUUGAACUCCACAUUAGGACGUCUCCCAUUAUCUGAAUUAGCCCAGGAACUCAAAACAGGAAAAUUGAUAUCAAAAUUUGAAGAUUUUGAUUAUUACACUGAUGGCGAAGAUGAAUCACCAUAUGUUUACACAUGUUCAUUUGUAUUGGCUAUAAUGUAUUUUGAACGACUCAAAGUAUCAAAUCCUAACUAUUUGAAAUCUAUUAACUCAUCUGAAUUAUUUCUCAUAUCUUUGUUAGUUGCAAGUAAAUAUCUCCAUGAUGAUGGUGAACUUGAUUCCGCUAUAAAUAGUGAAUGGGCCGUAGCUUAUGGUAUCAGUCUUAAAACUAUCAAUCAAAUGGAAAAAGAUUAUUUAUCAGCUAUGAAUUGGGAAUUUUUUAUAAGUGAUGAAGAAUUUGCAAAUAGACAUAAAGAAAUAGUUGAUCAACUAUACAGUGAUAUAGAGAAAUCCAACUCUGUACUGUUAAAGAUGUUCCUAUUGAUCUCAUCAGUUGUACAAAAAAUAAGAAAGUUGUACCGAAGGAAAAUUGUCCGCCAGAAAAUGAAACAUAUGAUUGCUAUGUCAACUGUUAUCACUGUGGUCACUGCAACUACUAUGCAACUUAACCAUGGAAAUCAAAAGUUGGUCCAAGAAUUGUAUGAACAAAUUGAGUCUAAUCCAGAUUACCCGACAAUUCCCUCCACCCAUAAAAAUGACAUAGUAAAACCUCAAAACGUAAAAGACAUAUCUAAAGGAUGGAAUUCGUCUAAAUUACUACAGUUAUUAGACCAUUUAUUACUAAUGAACACAUGUGUAUCUGAUGAUGAUCGUCAACUAUCAUUUCAAACAACCCUUAGUAAAUCAAACAAAAACCAAUUUAGGAAUAUUACGCAUUUCAAAAGUAUUAUAUUUUUUAACUAUUUAACAACCAUAAACUAUACAUAUUGA